AUGCAUCUAGCCUUGCUCUCUGAUCAGGUCCAGGGCCCAGCCGCGGCUGAGAGCGUCGGUCUUGGCAUCACAUCAACAAGGGAUCAUCGAAUGCUUUUGCUUCUUUACGCCACGUCCCCGGCCAUUGGAGGUUCUCAGCCCAUCGAUAAUUGUUAUAGCUCUGACAUCGAAGCCAUCAGCCCCCAGCAAGACACAUAA